AUGAAUAGAUGGAAUGUAGCAUUAAGUAUAAUAAUUACUACCAAUGAGAUGCUUAAUCCUGAUGACAUAGAAAUAUUUGCCGAUAAAAAAAUAAGUGAAGGAUUAGGAUUCCUUCACAUGGUGAAGAAAUGGGUACAAGAAACAUCUUCCGUUGUCAGCAAUAGUAAAGGAAAAAGAAGGAGGGAAGAUGAUAAUGGUAUUAUUGAAUGGAUUGUUGAUGGAAGGAAUAGAAGUGAUUAG